AUGACGGAACGGCAAUUGGAGAAGAUACGCCCGCUUGGCAAGCUCGAACAGCUCUCAACAAUCGCCCACCAUAUAGACUUCUUUACAAAUACUGGUCUAUCUGCACACUACGCACCGACACAGGUCUUGCCUGGCUUCGAUCUGGAAGGGACCGUCUACGGCGCCUUAUCACAAGUCCUCACCCAGCAUCCGAUUCUGUUCGCGAUUCCAGUGAUUCCUGAGAAGGAAGAACCGUACUGGGGACGACUAGCCUCAAUCAAUCUCGAGAAAGUUGUGUCCUUUGUCGACCGAGGUCAGCCAUGUUUGGCCGGAGAUCAAACAGACGACGAGCUUGAUUCACUGCUUGAGCGCCAACACAAUACAAACUUCAAAUCUGAAUAUGGUACUCUACCUGUCUGGAGACUGGUAAUACUCAAGGACCAUGAUUUGAGCAAAGGAUUCACGGUCUCAUUCAUUGCCCAUCACUCGAUGACUGAUGGAACUGGCCUUCAGAUUUUCCAUGAUUCGUUCCAAAAAUCUCUUUGUGACAUUUCUUCCAGUUCCACAGAACAAGCAAUUGAUCACGUUGUAUUCUCAAAUGAUGGGCUGAUUGCUCCAUCCCUCGAGGAGCUUCACCCUCUGCCAAUUCCAACAAGCCCACCCGCAUCUAAUGCAGCGGAGCUGAAUGAGUGGAGGGGCGUUCCCAUUGCAUUACCGUGCAAUACACGUUAUAAAUCACUCUCGCUUCCAUCAAAUACCAUGGAGCGCUUUGUGCAAGACUGCAAGACGCACAGGGUAGCACCAACUGCGGCUCUUCCAUCUCUUGUCGCAAGGUUGCUGUACAACAAUCUCCCAGCGACAGCGGAGGUUCUUACAUGCAACCUUCCAGUAACCUUGCGAUCGGACCUACCACCAAAGAUGGUCGAAGGAGUCAUGGGGAACUUCAUUGAUGCCUUCAAAGUCCAGCUUCUUCGCUCCGACCUAGAUCAGGUUUCGGAUGACUCAAGCGCAGGUGCUUUUGGGAUAUGGAAUCAUGCCAAGAAAAUUCAACAGGCUACCAGAAAGUAUUUUGCGAAUGCCUCGCCUUCCGGAGAGCCAUAUGCAAAUGUCGCUGCGCUCAGGCUUAUUCCAGACAUCGGCGCAGCUUUGACCGGAUCAAUCGGCCAUCCUCGCGGAGAAUCUUUUGAGGUGUCAAAACUCGGGACCUUUCCACAGACUAAGAACGUCAAGGGAGAUGCCAAACUAUUAUGGCAUCGAGGAAAAGUGUUGUUGAGCCGAUGCGCAUAUGCUGGAGGAGCUCCGUUGGUGGUUUGUGUGCUGAACAAUGAGGAGUAUGUUGGGUUUGGCUUUACGUGGCAGGAUGGCUCUAUUGAGGAGAGCAUUGUCCAGGCUGUGAUCAAUGGCAUCAAAACAUACCUCAGCACUGCCUAG